UUUAAAAUACCAUGUAUCAGUGGUUCAUCUGAAGGUUUUACGCUGUGAUCUGAGGUGAAAAACAACAGAGAAGAUGAGGAUUAUUAUUCUGGCUGUUUUAAUUUGUGCGUGUCAGGCUGCACAGGAUUCAGAAAACUGCCGACCUCCACAGUUCCAAAAGAACGGCUUUUUUGUUCCAAAUUCGGAGAAUUACAGAACCGGAGAUAAAAUCACCUACAGCUGUAACACGGGUCUGAAACCUGACCUGAAAACAUGGUGGGGGGAGAUAACAUGCAAGAAUGGAGAGUGGUCACACACCCCUCGGUGUAUUGAUGAAGCAUGGUGCAUUACAACACAUGUGCCAAACGCCAAACCAGAUGUGUUACAAGCAGCUGCUCCUGGUAAGUAUGAUUUUGAAUGUGACCACGGCUACUGGAUUGAAGGUGGAAAGUCAAUAGCUGAGUGUGUAGCUGGAUCUUGGACCCUUCCAGAGUGUAAGCGAAAGUCCAACUCUUGUGCUCCUCCUCCCCGUGUUUACAAUGGAAUGAUCACAACACCUUACCGCAGUAUGUUUGAGAAUGGGGAGAAGAUUGAAUAUAUUUGUGCAAGCGGAUAUAGGUUGGAUGGAGACAAAACCAACACUUGUGAGCAAGGCACGUGGUCCUCUAACCCUAGUUGUGUUCUAGUUGAAGUAAAAUGUAACAAGCCAUAUGUGUACUACGGCCGAGAAGCAGAGGGAUUAAAAUCCUCCUAUAGUCACGGAGAGACUGUAAGAUUCAUAUGUAACAGAGGCUAUGAGUUUGAGAGAACAGACACUGCACGGUGUGAAGAUGGAACUUGGAAGCUCCCAGUGUGUAAAGCUCAAGCUGGGACACCGUGUACUGCUCCACGUGUGCCAAACGCCCAACCUGCAGAAGAAUUAUCAUGGUACGCCUAUCCUACAGGACGCACUGUUACAUUUAUAUGGCGGAAGAGCCGACAUGCACGACGCUGUCACCAUCAGCCUCCUGUUGAGGUGGCGAAGUGCACAGAGGUGGUGAGAGCGAACCCAGCCCUGAAAUGCUCACAUGUUUAA